GAGGAGCCUUAGGUUAUAUUCUGGCAAAAGAUCUGAGAUUGAGAAGAGCUUCUUACUCAGAAAGGACUGAAUUGCAACUGCAGAGGCAACAAGUGACCCUUUUAAGAUGCUUGUGGGGCUGCACAGAAUGAAGAGGGAAACUGGGGAAAACAAUGAAGUAAGGAAAAACAGAUCCAGCUUUUGUGGAACUUGAAAUUUAGGAAGAGGACCCUCCUAAGAAAAAAAAAUGUUUAAUAGGGAAAACCCACUUUCUGCAAGCAAGUGAAAAAGCUGCCGUUAGAAACGAUUUCUUUGCCCCUCAUGGAGUAGCUGGAACUUGUACUGUGAGGCCCCUGAUGGGAUAAGCUCUCACCUGCUGAUCACCCAGUGAGCGUCACCAUGGCCAGUAAGAGGAAAUCCACCACCCCGUGCAUGAUCCCACUGAAGACUGUAGUGCUGCAGGAUGCCAGCGUGGAGGCCCAGCCUGCUGAGGCCUUACCCCAAGGACCCCAGCAGGAUCUGCCCCCAGAAGUGCCUGCCACCAGCAGCGAGGCAGCCCAGAAUUCCAGCAGCACUGAUGGCUCUUCACUGGCCAACGGGCACCGGAGCACUUUGGAUGGCUAUUUAUAUUCCUGUAAAUACUGUGAUUUCAGAUCCCACGACAUGACCCAGUUUGUGGGACAUAUGAACUCAGAGCACACAGACUUUAAUAAAGACCCAGCUUUUGUAUGUGCUGGGUGCAGUUUUCUGGCAAAAACCCCCGAGGGGCUUUCCCUGCACAAUGCCAAGUGUCACUCGGGAGAAGCCAGCUUUGUGUGGAACGUGGCCAAGCCAGACAAUCAUGUGGUUGUGGAGCAGAGCGUCCCCGAGAGCACCAGCACCCCUGACCUAGCAGGCGAGCCCAGUGCCGAAGGGCUCGAUGGACAGGCAGAAAUCAUUAUUACCAAAACUCCAAUCAUGAAGAUAAUGAAAGGCAAAGCUGAAGCCAAAAAAAUUCACACGAUCAAGGAGAAUGUCCCCAGCCAGCCUGCGGGUGAGGCCUUACCAAAGCUGUCGGCUGGAGAAACGGAGGUGAAAGAGGGGGACCACUCCUUCAUCAAUGGGGCCAUCCCAGUCAGCCAGGCAUCUACCAGCUCUGCGAAACCCCCGCAUGCUGCCAAUGGGCCCCUGAUUGGAACAGUGCCCGUUCUGCCGGCUGGUAUAGCACAGUUCCUAUCUCUCCAGCAGCAGCCCCCAGUGCACACCCAGCAUCACACCCACCAGACACUACCCACAUCCAAGGCCCUUCCCAAAGUGAUGGUCCCCCUAAGCAGCAUUCCAGCGUACAAUGCGGCCAUGGACUCCAACAGCUUCCUGAAGAACUCCUUCCACAAGUUCCCCUACCCAACCAAAGCCGAGCUCUGCUAUUUGACUGUGGUGACCAAGUAUCCAGAAGAGCAGCUCAAGAUCUGGUUCACAGCCCAAAGGCUGAAGCAGGGCAUCAGCUGGUCCCCUGAGGAGAUCGAGGAUGCCCGGAAGAAGAUGUUCAACACAGUCAUCCAGUCUGUGCCUCAGCCCACAAUCACGGUUCUAAACACCCCCCUGGUUGCCAGUGCUGGCAACGUCCAACAUCUCAUCCAGGCCGCUCUCCCAAGUCACGUUGUGGGACAGCCAGAGGGCACCGCAGGGGGUCUUCUGGUCACUCAGCCACUCAUGGCCAAUGGGUUGCAAGCACCAAGUUCAUCUCUCCCCCUCACCGUUACAUCUGUCCCCAAGCAGCCAAGCGUGGCACCCAUUAACACUGUGUGUUCAAAUACAACGUCAGCUGUGAAAGUGGUCAAUGCGGCCCAGUCGCUUCUCACGGCCUGCCCCAGUAUAACUUCCCAAGCCUUCCUUGAUGCAAGCAUCUAUAAAAAUAAGAAAUCUCAUGAACAGCUGUCAGCUCUGAAAGGGAGCUUCUGUCGGAACCAGUUCCCAGGGCAGAGUGAAGUUGAGCAUCUGACCAAAGUGACUGGCCUCAGUACCAGAGAGGUGCGGAAGUGGUUCAGUGAUCGGAGAUACCACUGCCGGAACUUGAAGGGCUCCAGAGCCAUGAUGCCUGGUGAUCACGGCUCCAUCAUUAUUGACUCUGUGCCAGAGGUGUCCUUCUCCCCAUCGUCCAAGGCCCCCGAGGUAACCUGCAUCCCGACAGCAGCCACAAUAGCAGCCCACCCUUCUGCCAAACGACAAUCUUGGCACCAGACUCCUGACUUCACACCAACCAAAUACAAGGAGAGAGCCCCCGAGCAGCUCAGAGCCCUGGAAAGCAGUUUUGCACAAAACCCUCUUCCUCUUGACGAGGAGCUGGACCGCCUGAGAAGUGAAACCAAAAUGACCCGAAGAGAAAUUGAUAGCUGGUUUUCAGAGAGACGGAAAAAAGUGACUCCUGAGGACACCAAGAAGGCUGAUGAGAAUGUCUCUCAGGAGGAAGAGGAGGCUGCUGAGGACGAGGGUGGAGAAGAGGAUUUGGCCAGUGAGCUGAGGGUCCCUGGUGAAAAUGGCUCCCCAGAAGCACCCGGUGGUCAUACCUCGGCAGAGCGCAAAGUAAGUCCCAUCAAAAUCAACCUCAAGAACCUGCGGGUCACUGAAGCCAAUGGUAAGAGUGAGAUUCCAGGGCUGGGUACCUGUGAGCCCGAGGACGAUGGGUCAAACAAGCUGGCAGAGCAGCCCCCAGGCAAAGUGAGCUACAAAAAGACGGCCCAGCAGCGGCAUGUGCUGCGGCAGCUCUUUGUCCAGACGCAGUGGCCAAGCAACCAGGACUAUGACGCCAUCAUGGCCCAGACGGGUCUGCCGCGGCCAGAGGUGGUGCGCUGGUUCGGAGACAGCAGGUACGCCCUGAAGAAUGGCCAGCUCAAGUGGUACGAAGACUAUAAGCGGGGAAACUUCCCUCCAGGGCUGCUGGUCAUUGCCCCUGGCAACCAGGAGCUCCUGCAAGACUAUUACAUGACACACAAGAUGCUGUAUGAGGAGGACCUGCAGAAUCUCUGUGACAAAACCCAGAUGAGCCCCCAGCAGGUCAAGCAGUGGUUUGCUGAGAAAAUGGGUGAGGAGACACGGGCUGUGGUGGACACAGGCAUUGAGGACCAGGGCCCCGGUGCUGUUGAGCCUGCAGCAGUUUACAAAGGGACAGGUGACACCUAUUCAGAGGUGUCCGAGAACAGUGAGUCGUGGGAGCCCAGUGUCCCUGACGCCAGCUCAGAGCACUUUGACACAUCGAGUCCCCAGGCUGGACUUCAGCUAGAAACAGACUGACUCUGAUCCGAUUACUGUGAAGGACUGGCCUGUCUGGGAUGCCGCCUGCCACGUGGAAGGGCCAAACCCGACUGUCUGCUGCCACAUGCCGUUCCCAUGCCCGGCCACUGGGUCCCCAAGAGAGCUUCUGGAGGCCUUGAAGACAGCCCAGAGCCCGCUGCCGCCCCCAGCCUGCCCACCACCAAGCAAGCAGUGAGAACAGGGUUCUCGUUCUUCCUCCCACGGCGUAGGACCUUUCCUUUGCUCCUAGUGGAUAAGAUAGUUCAGAUUUCAUAUUCAUAGACACAGAAUCAAGUUUUUAACAUAUACAUCUGCCUAUAUACGUUAAAUAAAACAUCAGAUUAUAAACACUUUCUUUACAUAGAAACUUUGGUUAGCAAAGCAGUACAUCGUCCUUGACAUCAUCUCUGAAAAUGCCCUGUGUCUGUUCUCUGGGGAUGGCUGGGUCACAGGGCCCCUCACCUUCCACAAGGGGCAAGAGGUUACAGGCGUACUCAGAACUACAUCUGGAACCUCCCCGCCAGAUGUCCCCGUUGCAUUCCUAAACGAAGCAAUACCUUUGAAAUGAUCUCUGCCGCAUUAAGCGGUGACCAGCUGUGUUUCAUGCCAGGCUUGCCUUGCCUUGUGGACUGAUCAUUGCAAAACCCGCUGUUACCCUCAGUUCAAAACACAGACUGGCUAUGUGAUUAGUGUAGGAUAUUUACCACUCUCUUUAGUUGUUAGCAUAAUUCUGCUUUUUCAUGGGAGUUUGAAUCAUGGACCAUAACUUUUUAGUUACCAGAUUAACUAAAAAAACAUUUGUUGCUAAGCCAAAUGUACUGACCUAUGUGCCUGCCUUUUUUUUUUUUUUAAAUCUAGACACAUUUAGAGAGGAAAAUGGGGAAAAGAAACGGGUGGGGGUGGAAGUGGAAGUGGUAGAAGUGUGUAGUCACAGCUUGUAGCUCUGGCUACUGUGGCUUUAAGAGCCCUUUCACCACACUCAACUUCAGAGCCUUCUAUGGUUUGGGAAGAAAGAACUCACUGGCCCAGUAGUCAGAGUGAAGGCUGAAGGGCUUCCAGGGCUUUCUGGAAUUAUCAGAGCUGGGGUGGUCUUCAGCACAAAGACUUGCACGUGGGGGUCCUGCCCCUCACACCCAGGGCCUGGCUGGCAUGCUGGGUGCACACCCAGGGGAUGCUGGACAUCGUUGGACAGGUCCCUCUGAGGAUGUUUCCAAAGUUCCAUAUUUAUAUUCCCAAACUUGGAAAUAAGAACUCUAUCUACUUUAACCUAACCUUCAUUUGCUUUUUUGAAUUGAUAAAAAUCAUAGGAAAAAAUGUCUUGAAACAUUAGAAAACUUGGUUACAGAGCUGUGCUACAUGGUAUAUCCUGGUUUCCCCGAGACUGGCUGCUCUGAGAGCAGUGGGUACAGAGGGGCAGGCUAUAGACCUGUGUCACCUGCAGCUCCACUCACCUCUUAGAAACCACCUGCUUCCCAAAGUGCCAAGCCACAGGCACCAGGGUCUAGGGGGCACACUCCCCCUGGGGCUGGGGUGGAGCGCUUCGAGAGCCCGGGAAGAGGGAGGGGCUUUGGGCAGGAAACACCUGUGGUUUAGCCACUGUCCUCCUCCCCCAUCCUACCCAGGGAAGUAGACCCGGCAGGGCACCGUGCUGGCUUGGUUCUGAGGACGAGCAUGGUGGUAGUACCUUCUGCCUUUCAGGAAAGGGCUUUCUUUGGAAACCAAAAGCCCUUGAAACAUUGUUCUUCUGAAGUGUCUUCUCCUGUCCUUCCUGUCCCAAUAGGGACCACCUCUUAUUUGUCUCAAACAGGGGACUUGUGAGUACUUGGCAAGUUUUGCAGCCAAUUUUUGUAUCCUUUCCAUUUUGGCAGUGAAGCUAUUUGGUCCGAAAAGCCUUUGAGGAAUUGACAAGAAUGGUGAGUGAGUGCUUUCCUUCAGAGAACAGACACCUGGAAUUUCUCCUUUAGUGUUUAUGUACAUGCAGAUUAAUUUAUAUAUAUACAUAUACAGUACAAAUACUCAUUUGAUGCUUGUAAAACAUACAUCUGAUGUGUGCACUUGAGGAACUUCGUGGCACCUGGGUGUUGGAAGUAGCCUGUGUUGGAGGGAAUGCCAGUACCCUGGGCAGCUGGGGUGGCCCAGCAUGAAGCCAUCUCCAAGUGUCUGAGAAACCACCCGGUGCCUCACCUCCAAAUCCUGCUGGCAUCACCGCCAGAGCUCGGCGUGCACUGGCCGAAGGGUUGUGUCUAUGGAGAAGAUUUUCUUGGUUAUUUUAUUUGUAUUCACAUUAAUUUACAAACCAAACAGCAAAGCACAGCGAAUUGCUCAGUGGACGAGCUCAUGCUGUCGACCCAGCCUCGGGCACCAGCUCAUCUUUUAGGUGGAACGGUUACAGUGCUGCCUGCUCCAGCGCGUCUUCCCCACAGAUGUUGGCCCUGCCCAACAGCCAGGGCUACGCGAGACUUCCCAAGUAAGGAGCCCGGCAACCGGACAGACCCUUCUCUUCCUGUGCACUUGGAUGGGAAGGAAGCAGUGUGGUCUGGACCUUAUGCUUGAACGAAUAGAAUGAUCAAAGGUGAUGCUGAGGGAGGCAGUUAUCAAGCAGGUGCUUCAAGGGACACUGUAGCAGGUACUCCAGGCUUCGGGGGCAAAACCCUGAAAGCAGCUAGUGGAGCAGAGAGACACCCACACUAGUGGCAGGGGGCACGUGGCCCCGUGGAAGGAUGGAUCACUGGUUUUGCGCACUGCUGAAGGGUUAAAUUCUGUGUUGCCUUCGGGAGAAGGUGUCUGGGGGCUGCAGAGUUGAGAGGUGGGGUAGGGUUAGUCUCUCCUGAAGAAAAAGCCUAUUUUAUAAGGUGACUAAUCUUAUCCUUCUUUUCUGUACACACUUGGACUCAUCAGAGAUAGUAAAAAUCAUCUUUCAGCA